AUGAAUCCUGGUUAUGCUGGUAGAACAGAAUUACCGGAAUCGUUGAAAGCUCUCUUUCGACCAGUUGUUGUAAUUGUACCAGACUUAGAAUAUAUCUGUGAAAUUAUGCUGUUUUCACAAGGAUUUUUAACAGCCAGAGAAUUAGCUAAAAAGAUGACAGCUAUGUAUCGUUUAGCUAAAGAACAACUAUCACAACAAUAUCAUUAUGAUUUUGGUUUAAGGGCGUUACGCUCUGUCUUACUUAUGGCUGGUACAAUAAGACGAGAACAUCCAACUGUCAAAGAAGAUCAUCUGUUAAUGCGUGCAUUACGUGACUCAAAUAUACCAAAAUUAAUUAAAGAUGAUACACCAUUAUUUAUGGGACUUGUACAAGAUUUAUUCCCUGGUAUGGAAUUUGAAGCAGCUACUGUCCCACAAAAAUUGGCUGAAGCAUGUGAAAAAGUUUUAGAAUCACAUCGUUACACUUUAGUUGAUGAACAGAUUAAUAAAAUCUCUCAACUACAGGAUACUUUAAAAGUUCGACAUGCUGUCAUGGUUGUCGGUCCAACGUCUGAAUCUGAAUCUAAAAAUACUACAAAUACUGGAGAAACUCGAUCCGAUGGAAAUACUCGUACUCGAUGGAAAAGUGGUGGCCUGACAAGUAUCGAUAAUCAGUUUGCUUCACGCAACAUGUCUCCCGCUUUAGCACCGGGUGUAGCCGCUUUGAAUCAAGCUUCAACCACUCUGUCGAUACGUUGUGGUCUCUGCACAAAACCAUUAUGUGCAAGUGAAUCAACUCAACGAUUAACUGGACAUACUGGGUGGGCAUGUUCACGACAUGCAACAUCAUGUGAUCCAGCGACAAUAACCUGUGCCUUAUGUCAUUUAGUUGUCCGAGGUUUAUUUGUCUGGUGUAGAGGAUGUAGUCAUGGUGGACACUUGGAUCAUAUGCAGGCUUGGUUGAUGAGGCGAUCUGAAUGCCCAGCUGGAUGUGGUCAUCGUUGUAGAUAUAGUUAA